AUGGGAUUGGAUAGAACUACGCUAGCUGCGACAGAACUUGGAGAGAUCAUUCACGAAACCGUUGGAUUCAAUUGCCAAAUUUGUGAGCAAUGUGACAACAGCCGUAUGGUAUUAUGUGAUCAUUGCUCACUCUGGCACCAUUACGGAUGUGUGGGUGUAACCGACGAAGUGGAAGGUGAAAACGUUCCUUGGAGCUGCAAAAAAUGUGAGAAAAAACUGAAUCGUACACACAAGGGACCUAAAGAGGAUUUGCCCUUGAACAACCCGGGCCCAAGCAAGCUUAUUGAAAGAAAAGAAUUGCAGUUACAGUUCCGUAAACAGCCAGAAGCACCUCGAGCAUCGAAGGUAGGCUCGGUUUCAUCCAGAGGAUCAGCGAAGUCUCUCCUUGAGAUUCAGUUACGCAAGGUGGAGGCGGAGCAAGAGAUUCUAGAGGAAAAAAGAAAAUUAAUGGAAAAGCGCUUCAGCCUAUUGGAAGAGAUAGCCGAGCUCGAGGAAUCAAAUUCAGUUAAGGAUGACCAGCAAAACAUGAACGACGUUAACAAAUGGCUACAGGAAUCGGUAUCCCCCAGUAAAAUCCAGGGCAGUCGAAAACACGGAUCUUCUUGCAGUAGUAACCAGAGUUCCGAAUCGGAGACGUCGACGGACACUGAUUCGUCGGAAGCCGACUCUGUGAAAGACGAGCCAUCAAAAAGAGAAAAUUUUAGACCUCAUAAACAGUCAACACCGAAACGCAUCUCCUCCAGGCCGAUAAAGUCGGGUAAAGCUGAGGGGACUACCAGAAGUAACCGAAAUGCCAGUAACCUUGAUCGUAGUCACAUUGCCGCCAGACAAGUGAUAAGAGACCUACCAGUUUUCACGGGGAAUCCCGAAGAUUGGCCCAUGUUCGUAUCUACAUACGAAAGUACUACCAACAUGUGUCACUUCAAUGACGAAGAGAAUUUAAUUCGUCUAAGAAACUGUCUUAAAGGAGAUGCUCUCAACGCCGUGCGAAGUUUCUUGAUACACCCGUCUACAGUCCCAAAAGUCCUAAACGCGCUGCGUCUGAGGUUCGGUCAACCCCAAUUUGUCAUAGGCGUUCUAGAAGAAAAAAUUCGAGCGAUGCCUAAUCUGAAAGUGGAAUACACCGAUAAAUUGAUAGAUUUUUCCCUAGCGGUACAAAAUCUCAGCGCCACGAUAGACGCCUGUGGCAAGAAGGAAUAUUCACGGGACACCUCCUUACUUAAAUAUCUUGUUGGUAAACUUCCGGAGGAACUUAAAAUGAAAUGGGCCCGACAUCAGCGUUCUAGGAAGAAAGUCAAUCUCGCAAAAUUCAGUGAUUGGCUUUAUACGUAUGCAGAGGACGCAUGUGUGGUAACGGAACCAACAAUCUCGAAGAGCAGACCCGCUGAUUAUGGCUCCCGUCGAACGAAGGCUUCGCUCCACACUCAUGUGGAAUCUGUAGAUUCUGAUUAUGAAUCCCCGCACGAAGAGACAACCUCAACGCUGACGCACCAUGUUAAUACUGGAUGCCCGUUAUGCAAAGGAAGUUGCGUCAGCCUUGAACAGUGUAGUAAAUUCCGGGGAAAGACCUACGGACACAGAUGGAAUUCUGUUCGAGAAAAAGGAAUAUGUAGAAAAUGUUUAAAACGGCACAGAGGACGUUGCGUUACUCCCCUCUGUGGUCAACAAGGUUGUACAUACAAACAUCAUGCUCUACUGCACAAAUAUAAAGGCAUACAACCGCAAGUUACCGCAGAAAAUCCUUCCUGUAACACACACCAGGUCAAUUCGGGUUCUGCUCUGCUUAGAUACGUUCCAGUCAAGCUCUACGGAAAUGGAAAAGAGCUUGAUUGCUUUGCGUUUCUCGACGAUGGAUCCCACCUUACGCUUUUAGACGAAGAAGUGGCUAACACAUUGGGAAUUUUCGGGGAAAAACGCCCACUUUACUUGAAAUGGACGGGGGGAACUGAACGACACGAAUCCGACUCCCGGGUGGUAAAUCUCCAAAUAUCUGGACGAAGUGGUAAAAAACACCAAUUAGACGGCGUACGUACCGUUCGCAAACUUCAACUACCGUAUCAAACCCUUGACUUCGACGACAUGAAACGUAAAUACAAUCAUCUUCGUGACCUGCCCGUCGACUCGUACCAAAAUGCAAGACCGCAAAUUCUUAUAGGAAUCCAGCAUGUAAAAAUCUCUUUAGUGCAAAAAAGUAGAGAAGGAAAUACGGGAGGUCCAGUGGCCUUUAAAACUCGCCUCGGCUGGUCCGUCUAUGGAGGGAGCACAGAUAGUUUCGCUGUGAGCAUGGUCCACUGUUACUUUCACACAUGUUCGAGUGGGAUAGAAGAAGAGGUACACCUGGAUAAUAAAUUGAAUCAGGCAUUGACCGACUACUUCGCAUUGGAAAGCAUAGGUAUCACGACACUAAAAGAUGACAUACGAUCAAAAGAAGAUGAACGAGCACUGAAGAUCCUCAACAAUAAAACACGGCUAACCAAGGAGCGUUACGAGACCGGGCUUUUAUGGCGAUAUGACCACAUUCGUCUUCCUAACAACGAAAGUAUGGCUAGGCGCCGAUACGAACAUUUGGAAAAACGAAUGAAGCAGAAUCCGGAACUGAAGCGAAUGCUGACAGAUAAAAUCGCCGACUACAUAGCUAAAGGUUACGUUGAGAAAUUAGUUCCCUCUGAGAGCACCUGGCCCGAUCAGCAUCCUGUCUGGUACUUGCCAAUCUUUCCGAUAACAAAUCCGAACAAACCUGGAAAAAUUCGAGUGGUUUGGGACGCCGCUGCCUCUUACAAUGGCAUCUCACUCAAUUCAGUGUUGCUAACGGGUCCUGAUCAACUGGCUUCCUUGGUCACAACACUAAUCAAAUUUAGGGAGCAUCGUUUCGCCGUGAGUGGUGACUUGUGUGAGAUGUUUCACCAAGUCAUCAUAAGAGAACCCGACCGACAGUGCCAGCGAUUCUUCUGGAAAGACCAAGAAACAGAUGAAGAACCCAGCAAAUACGUUAUGAAGGUAAUGACUUUCGGAGCCAGGUGCUCUCCCUCGAGCGCCCAAUUCGUUAAAGACGCUAAUGCAGAGCGUUUUUCAAAGCAGUUCCCUGUCGCCUCGAAUAUAAUUAAGUAUUCUACCUACGUCGACGAUGUCCUUUUCAGUGUAGAAAGCGAGGAUAAGGCUAUCGAAAUCGCAAAAAACAUUCGCACUAUCAACGCCGCAGGAGGCUUUCAAACGCAUAACUGGAUGUCGAACUCGCGCCGAGUUCUGAUGCUCAUGGGUGAGCAACCCAAAGCUGAGAAAAGUCUCGAAUUCAUUCCGGGGACAACAGCAGAGAAAGUUCUCGGCAUGUUCUGGUGCACCGAGACCGAUUGCUUUACCUUCAAGAUCAAUUGGAGUCGACUCGACAGCGAGCUUCUAAACCUCAAGCGAGUGCCUACGAAACGUGAGGUCUUAAAAACAUUGAUGUCAAUAUAUGAUCCACUGGGUUUAGUGUCCCAUUACCUUAUGUUUCUGAAAAUUCUGCUGCAAGAAAUAUGGAGAGCCAAGGUAGAAUGGGAUGAGACGAUUGGAGAAGAAUUCUUUAAAAGGUGGACGGCAUUUAUAAGUGUUCUACCCUCCCUGGAAAAUCUGAGGAUUCCUAGAUGCUAUCAUUUAAUGAACGAACCAGAUCCGAACGUCAAAGUCCAACUGCACACGUUCGUAGAUGCAAGCCAAGACGGAAUGGCCGCGUUGACGUUCCUUCGCUAUGAAAGUAACGAUGCCAUCUACUGUUCCCUGGUUGGAUCUAAAACUCGUGUGGCCCCCCUCAAAUACCUGUCGAUCCCGCGAAUGGAAUUACAAGCAGGGGUUGUUGGCGCAAGGCUAACUGCGUCAAUCAAAAACAGUCUGACAAUCAAAAUUCAACGAACAUUCCUGUGGACUGACUCACGCAACGCACUCUCAUGGAUUUUAUCAGACCAUCGUAUGUAUAGUCUUUUCGUAGCAGCUAGAGUCAGCGAAAUACUCGAAAUAACCUGCGAAUCUGAUUGGAGAUGGGUUCCCACUAAGUGGAACGUGGCUGAUGACGGAACAAGAUGGCAGCGACAAUCAGAUCUUUCCCCGACAUCACGUUGGUUCGUAGGCCCUUCAUUCUUACGUCAGUCCGAAAGCACCUGGCCGAUAGUGAAUUUGAAAAAACUAAAUACACACGAAGAACUUAAAGUAUCGCUGCACAUACACUGUGAAAAGCCUGAGGCAGUAUUUCGCGCUGAGGACUUCAGCAAAUGGAAACGAUUGGUUCGUGUCACUGCCUACGUACUUAGGUACUUGAGAAAGCUUCGUCGAGCGGGAAAUUGUGGUGUACUAAAACGGGAAGAGCUACAGUUAGCUGAAGAGCUUCACUAUCGUCAAGCGCAAGUAGAGGUUUAUGAAGAAGAAUAUCGUAGUUUCGAGGCAGGCGUAACAGUAGUAUCAAAGCGAAGUCCUAUUUAUAAACUAUCAGCCUUCAUGGAUGAGAAAAAGUUACUUCGCAUGGAUGGCAGAACAGGUGCAUGUAAAUAUUUAGACCCCGAAACGGUUAACCCAAUUAUUUUACCAUCGAAUCAUGCGCUCACCAAACUGAUUGUGGCAUCGUAUCACGACAAAUAUCACCACCAGAACCGAGAAACGAUUGUAAACGAAAUUCGUCAAAAGUUCUACAUUGCUAACCUUCGACGUGUUUGCAAUGAAGUACGAUCCAAUUGCCAACACUGUAAGAAUCGUUAUGCAGAGCCUCGUCCUCCAAAGAUGUACAGCUUGCCGCCAUCUCGAUUGGCUGCUCACACCCGACCAUUUACCCACACAGGAAUCGACUACUUUGGCCCGCUAGAAGUGGUCGUUGGGCGCAAAACAGAGAAAAGAUGGGGAGCGUUAUUUGUCUGCCUAACUACUAGGGCAAUUCACCUAGAGGUAGCCUAUAGUCUGACUUCGAGUUCCUGCAUUAUGGUCGUGAGAAGUUUCAUCGCUCGGAGAGGUUCACCAGCAAUAUUCUACAGCGAUCGAGGAACGAACUUUAUUGGAGCUCACAGAGAACUUAAAGAAGCUUUAUCAAAACUUAAUCACGACUCAAUAGCGGAGGAAUUCAUCAGUUCGGAUACGGAUUGGAUUUUCAACACUCCCGCUUCCCCACACAUGGGCGGAAGCUGGGAACGACUCGUCCGGUCCGUGAAGCGAAUACUACCGGAGCUGCAAGUCUCAAGAAAACCGAACGACGAAGAGCUACGAAAUGCGUUUGCCGAAAUAGAAGCUACAUUGAACAGACGCCCGCUGACUCAUGUGCCUGUUGACUAUGAAUCGUGUCACGCUCUGACACCUAAUCAUUUUUUGUUAGGCAGUUCGGAUGGGUCUAAACCGUUGACGGAUAUUAGCGAUGAUUCGACAACAUUAAAGAGAGGCUGGCUGGUAUCUCAGGCAAUUGCAAAUCAAUUUUGGAAGCGAUGGCUACGCGACUAUCUCCCCGAAAUAACCCGGCGAACCAAGUGGUAUGAACCAGUAAAACCCAUCGAAGUAAAUGACAUCGUUGUGAUAGCCGAUCCCGAUCUGCCUAGAGACUGCUGGCCUAAAGGACGAGUAAUCAAGACGACCAGUCGCGAUGGUCAAGUGAGGAGAGCCUGGGUUCAAACUUGUAAAUCCAUCUACGAGAGACCUGCAGUCAAGAUCGCCGUGUUGGACGUAGGAGUUCAUAGUAGUAAGCCGAGUCCGAAGUAA